GGUCUCGGUUGUUGUCCCCGAGGCGCAUUCCAGUCCGGGUUCAAGGCCCGGGCUCUACACCACGCGCGCCCUUCCUCGCCGACGAAGCAGCUACGGGAGAAAACGGGUAGAGAUGCGGCCAAUGGGCGGCCCCGGCCUCUCACCCGCGGCGGGGGAAAGGAGGGCCCUCAUAAGAGCGGCGGACGAAGCACGCCGUCGCAAAACAAAGCCAUGCGCCGCCAGCGACUAGUCGACGCGUUCCGGCUCCUCCUGUCCACGAUGCCGCCCGUGCUGCCCCUCUUCCUCCUCGUGGCAUCUUCGUCAUGCUUGCUCGCCAGUGCAGCCUCGUUGGAGUCCAGCGACAUGGCCAUGAACUACCUGGAGAAGUUCGGCUACAUCGCGCCCACCAAGAACGGCACGGCGGCUCUGCGCUCCCAGGAGGCCCUGGUCGACGCCGUCAAGGAGUUCCAGCGGUUCGCCGGUAUCAGGGUCACCGGACGAGUGGACAACGAGACGGCGGCCACAAUGCAGCUUCCCCGCUGCGGUGUGCGGGACAAAGUUGGCUUCGGCCUGGACGCACGACGGAGGAGGAGGCGUUAUGCGCUGCAGGGUUCCAAGUGGGCCAGCAACGAGCUAUCGUAUCGGAUCAGCAAGUACCCUCGUCGCGUCAAGGACCGGGCUGCUGUCGACAAGGAGAUUGCUAGGGCCUUCAAGAUGUGGUCCGACGUAUCGCCGCUGAGCUUUACGCACAAGAAGACUGGCCCCGUGAACAUCGACAUCCAGUUCGUGCGCGGAGAGCACGGCGACGGCGACCCUUUCAACGGACCCGGCGGAACCCUGGCGCACGCCUUCUUCCCGCGAUACGGAGGAGACGCACACUUCGACGACGAGGAGAAGUGGACCAUAGACGAGUACACAGGCGUGAACCUGUUUCAAGUGGCUGCGCACGAGUUCGGCCACUCGCUGGGCCUUUCCCACUCGGACGUGCGACGCUCGUUGAUGGCCCCCUUCUACCGAGGCUUCGAGCCUGGCUUCCAGCUGGACCGCGACGACAUCGACGGAGUCCAGGCUCUCUACGGGGCUGUGCACAGGACGACCAAGACACCGAGCAAGGGAAGCCGCAAACCGGCGCAGCCUGGUCCUGACCUGUGCCAGGACGCCGCCAUCGACGCUGCCACAAGGACGGAGGAUGGCAGCUCGUACGUGUUCAAGGGCGACUACUACUGGAAGAUUGACACUGACGGAAUAGCGGACGGUUACCCGAGGAGGAUAUCGGACGACUGGGGCGGCCUUCCGGGUCACAUUGACGCGGCUCUCACGUGGUCCGACGGAAAGACCUUUUUCUUCAAGGGAGGAAAUUACUGGCGCUUCCGGAACAAGCAGAUGAGCAAGGGCUACCCGCAGAAAAUCAACGUCGGCUUCCAGGGCAUCCCGGACAAUCUGGAUGCGGCACUGGUGUGGAGCGGCAACGGAAAGACGUACUUCUUCAAGGGAAACCAGUACUGGCGGUACGACAGCCGAAACGAAGUGCCCGUAAGCGACCGCUACCCUCAACCAGUCAGCAACUGGAACGGCGUUCCCGGUAACUUGGACGCAGCUUUCCAAUGGCAGAACGGUUACUCCUACUUCUUCAAGGGACCAAACUACUACCGUUUCAACGACAAGGACUUUGGGGUGGACAAGGGUGACCCGCCGUACCCGCGUGCCACUUCGGUCUGGUGGUUCGACUGCAAGGCUAUGUCCAGCGCCAUGGCCCAGCAGCAGGCGUCCUCGCGACGCCACCCGGAAAGUGCCACAGUCCACGUGCUGGACCGCACCGAGGCACCGAUGGCUCCCAGGGUCCCGGUGCGUCCGCUGGGUCUGCAGAGGGACGCCGCACCCGAGGCGCCCGAACUGGGACCCGUUGGGCACGCCGAAGCUCCGCCGCCAACAACCGUCGCUGCCGGCGCCAGCACGUCCUUCGCGGCUUCCAGCAGCGCUGCGCUCGUACUCCUGGCGAUUCCCCUUUUCAGGCCGCUCGUGUGAAGUGCAAGCUUCUACAGCGCAUAACUUAAGUUUUGGAAGUCGCUUGGCGUCAUAGUCUCCUUGUCUGCCGAUCACAUCACCGGCAAGGCGAAGAGGAAGCGGCGUUCCUGAGAGGGCAUUUUUUUUGGCAUCAAUGCGAGUCACACGAAAGUUUUCUGGACUGCUGGGAAGACGUGUCAAGAAUUUGUGCAUAUUUUCGCCUCAGUUCUUAAAGCUGAUGCUUCUCGAGAGAUCGUGGGGAGUUACUACGGUGCUCAGAUGACCACUUUGGAAAAGGCACUUCCCAGCAGCUGCGCAGAAAUAGCUUUUGGAACUCAGCAGAGGUUCUGAGUAUGUGUUGCGCAAGUUGUCGAUGGAGUUAGGUACGGCUAGCCAACAAGACGAGCUUUGCUUCGCAGUCUUCCCGGUUUUCCUAAUGCUCAAGCGUCGUCCUAUUUUCGUGGUGUGCUUCGACAGGAGUUCGGUGUUAUUUAAACAUGACUUCACCAGAUUGCAAGGCCUCGAGAGUUUUGCAAAGAUGAAGGCGGCGGACAAUUUGGACCAAGCAUCUAGUUCGUUGAAGAGGACGUGCCGCUUCAAGUGCCUCAUCGAGAUUUCGUGGUCCAACUCUUUGUUGUGGAUGACAGAAACACUCAUCUUUUUCACUCGUGGACAGUUUUCCGGUGAGAACUCGUGUGUGUGUGUGGUAAAGCCUCCUGACCGUGUUGGGAGGAGGUUGUGAAUUCGCGGCUCCUUCAAUGAAGAAACCGGACAUGCGAAAGUUAUCUUUUUUUUUCUUCUCCCAUUUUGCUAGCAUUGUACUUGUUUCCUUUUGCCGGGUGAGUGGCGAGUCGGUUGAGGACAUAAAGAAGUGAUUGUGCUUGCUGUGUGCGGUUCCGGGAAAAUGCACUUCUCCUUAAUGAGUUCGUUCCAGCCAGGCUCGAAAAUCUAUGAAGAAUUAUACAGCGGAAUUUGCUCACUGUUAAUCCUUUGAAGUGAAGCUCUGACAAGAGCCCGGAGGAACGCUCGGUGACCAGUCUGCCUUAGCGUAACUGAAAUGUGAUACCGCAUUCUUUCGGUCGUUUUCUGUUCAUCAGGGUCAGUCUAGCAGCCAUAAAGUCAUUCGACGUCGAAUUUCAGCUCUAUCUUUGGAGGGAACUUUCGGGUGCCCGAGGAACGGAUGCGCGAAGGAGAAGUGUUUUCAUCGGAGCUGUGCGGGCCUGCGCGUGAGCCGGAGUGAAUUGUGACGAGCGCGUGGCGUGAUAGUGCCAGGUAGCGAGCACCAGACAAGCACGUGUGCUGGUGCCGCCGCCAUUCACCAAAGACUGACCAAGAGGGGCGCAGGCCGCCCCCCCUGGCACCCCACACCUCACAUACCCCUCCCCCCCCCCCCCCCAUCCGUCCGGCUGGCCCGGGCUCUGCCCAGAAGGCGGCCGGACCCCAGGGCGGUCCCUAGCUACCGCAUCUGAUCAUUCAUCCCCCUCUGUGCGUUUUGUCUCCGCGAAGACAACACCCGUGGCGUGCAGCGUGCUGUGUCGUUGCAAUUUCUCGCCGCCAAAACGUUUGGUUCUACCGCGGCGUUCACUUGUCGACGAUGCCUGCGGUAGUUGGUUGUUUAUUCAUUAAAAUCGUUUGACAUAGUG